UGAAAACAACUUCCUCUCGACAUUUUACUACUAUUUAUAGGUGAAGCCGAUUGAUAAAUUUUAUCAAGAAACAAAGAAACAGCUAUGGAGGCAACAAAAAGUCCAGUGAAAAAAGAUGAGGAACAGGAAAACGAGAAGGAGGAAGCUAAGGCACAAGUAGAGAUUUGGAAUUGCGUAUUCGGAUUUGUGAAAAUGGCAGCAGUGAAAUGUGCUAUAGAGCUUGGAAUAGCUGAGGCCAUUGAAAACAAUGGCUGCCCUAUGACACUUUCAGAAUUAUCAACAGCUCUCAAUUGCUCACCGUCCAAUCUUCAACGAGUAAUGAGAUUUCUUGUCCACUACCAAAUCUUCAAAGAGAAACCCACCAGCCAAAACUCCAUCGCCUUUGAACAAACGCCACUCUCUCGCCGCCUCCUAAAACAAGGAAAUAACAGCAUGGCGGCUUUCAUUCUUCUCGAGAGCAGCCCGGUGAUGCUGGCUCCGUGGCACUGCCUCAGCGGGCGCGUGUUGGCGAACGGGUCAUCGGCUUUUGACUCGGCUCAUGGGAAGGACGUGUGGGCGUAUGCAGCGGCGGAUUCAGCUCACAGCAAGCUGAUCAAUGAUGCAAUGGCUUGUAACGCUAGAGUGGCAGUGCCUGCCCUGAUUGAAAGUUGCCCUGAGGUGUUUGAUGGAAUUGGAAGGCUGGUGGAUGUUGGUGGCGGAAACGGGACGGCUUUAAAGUUGUUGGUGAAGUCUUUUCCAUGGAUGAAAGGGAUAAACUUUGAUCUUCCUCAUGUUGUGUGCGACAAUGAGAGGUGUAAUGGAGUUGAGCAAGUUGGAGGAGACAUGUUUCAGAGUGUUCCCAUGGCUGACGCUGCUUUCUUCAUGCAAGUUUUGCAUGACUGGGACGAUGAUGAGUGCAUCCAGAUCCUGAAGAACUGCAGAAAAGUGAUUCCACAGGACAAAGGGAAGGUGAUAAUAGUUGAAACAAUUAUCGAAGCAGAAGAAAGGGAUGACAAGUUCGAAUUUGUGAGAUUGAUGCUGGACAUGGCGAUGAUGGCUCACACUUCUAAAGGGAAGGAGAGAAGCUUGAAGGAAUGGGAGUAUGUUCUUCGGCAGGCAGGAUUUAGCAGAUACAGUGUCAAGCCUAUUCAUGCAGUUCAAUCCGUUAUUGAAGCUUUUCCUUAAUUGAAUAAGACUAUUAUGAAAAUAAAAUCUUUCAGGUUUGUUACUAUUAAUGGUGUUGUGCCUGUUGGAGUUUGUCAUGUUUUGUACUGAAAUAAUUAACCUUUGAUUGGUUAUUGAAUAAUAUUUUGUGUA